AUGCGAAAGUCAGGGGUGACCGACUCUUGUGAUUUUCUGUCAUGGUCUCCCUGCUUCCCUGCUGUUGUGCAGUGGUGGCUGAUUCUGCCGUGUGAUCAGCACCCAGUGCCAAACGUCAACAGUUUCGACGAGGCGUGUUUCCCCGACGAAAUGAUGGCCUUGCUUCGUGAGCGCUUUCAGGAGCCUAGCCCUAUUCAGAAGCAAAUUUGGCCGGCAAUGCGACGCAACAUUGUGGGCGCAGAAACAGGAGCGAUGCCUCAGCAACGAUCU